UACUGCAAAAUGCAGAAAUCUGACAGUUAUGAGUUAGAUCCUAAUUUUGCUGUUGUUUGUUCCUUCCUUGAAAGAUUUGGUCAUCAUUUCGGCGAGGAACAUCGAAAUGUAGCUACUGACGACCUCAAAGCAUUUUUGGAAGACGAAAAUGUUGGCCAAGAGAAUGUCUUCAUUAAGCUGCAUCGUAGACUUUUGAGAGGAAUUGGAAAUACUGUAAAAGCUGAACGUUUUGCCAAGGAUUUGAUGAAGUUUGCUGAGGAUUUCCCAGAAAGAGAUGACAUGCUCAUACAAUCUGCUGGCUACAACUAUGGAAAAAUACCUGUGGCGGCUAAAUUAAGGAUUUUCAAGAAUCUGCUCGAGGACCAGUUUGAGUUCAACGACCGGUUCAAUCAGCGUGUGAACGAGGAUCUGGAAUCCAGUGGGGACAUCAGACACACACCCCUCGGCCACGACAAGCUUGGGCGAGCUUACUGGUGCUUGCUGGACAAGACGGGGCGCUUGCUCCUGUACCGGAGUUUGAGAAAUGAGAUCACACAAGAAGAAACAUGGGCGCUGGUGUGCAGUGAUGUAAGUGAAUUUGGAGGUUUCAUUGAUCUCCUUGAGGAUGGGUCAACCUUGGAAAAAAAUGAUGACCCCUCGAUUGAUGGCUCCACCUCCAUACCCCUCCACACCCCCAUCAAAGUCUCCGCAUCAGAUCUCACUGCUGCUAAUUCAGCUGACUGUGCUCAAGCCCUGUUCUUCAACUCCCCACGAUUCUUCAAACCCCCAAAACUGCGGAGCAAGCAACACAUUCAUCAGGAGGAGAAGAAAUAUGACAUGCCCCACUGUUCAGUGAAACUGGAGAGACUAGAUAAAAAGACGCUCCGCAAAUACUGCAGAAAGAGUAAGGGUGCUUGGAAACAAAGUGGUAAGGAACAGGAACAAGACAAGCUUGUUGAAUCCGAAGGAGUUAAGACUAAUGCUGCUGGUGAUGCUAGUGAUGGAAUGGUGAAUAACGGUGGUGUUAAACCCUUAGAUGAAGUAAUUUGUGACAUGGGUGGAGCUAGCAAUGGCAUUGUUAAAGGUGGUAUUGAUGCCUCUGGCGAUGUUAUUAGUGAUGUGGUUGUUAAAGGAGGAGAAAGUGCCAGUAAGGAGACGAUUGCUUAUGAAAGUAUAUGCGCUAGGGACCAUUUGAAAGCUACAGAUAAAGUUGUGGGUGAUGAUGUUGAGGAAAUAAAAGAUCUGACUGACAAUGCUGAAGAGAACAACUCAGCUACCAUAAGUGAUAUUUCCACUUCCAAAUCUGUGGAAAGUAAGGUUGUAUCCAAUGCAGAUGAUCUCAAAAUUAACUGUGCAGGAGAUGCUAGUUCUUUAGAUGUUUGUUCGACCAAAACUGCCUAUAUAAGUGUAAUAGACAAAGGUGAUUUGUGUUCUGUUAUUACCGUAAGCAAUGACAAUUUGACUACCAAUAGAACUGUCAGUGAAUCAGGCAUGGAAAAGUCCUGGGCAGCCACCAAUAAUGCAUUUACUAAGAAUCAGGGAAAAGAACACAGUGUAAAUUCAUCCUUGAAGGAAAAUGUAAAAUCUCAAGAUACUGAUAAAGAAAAGAAAAGUGAGUCAGGUAGCUGUGAAAAAGCAUUUAUUGAUGUUAUUCAGGAAUUACAGAGUCUUCAGGGAAGUGUAGGAAUCUCUGAUGACAGAAAUGAAAAUGUUACUUCUCCAAAGAACAAUAAAUGCUCUUCAAAAGCAAUUAACCAAGACAUUGAAAAGACUAAAAGCAAGGCUGAGAAAGAUGAUAUUGAAGCAGAAGGUGAGGAGAAAGUAAUUGAUGAGACAUUGAAGGAAUUGAUGGAACUUGAAGAGAUCAUAAGCCAAUCAAGUCCAAUGAGUCCAAUGUCAGACAUAAGAAAAGGUAACAUGAUUGCAAUGUCAAGACCAUUCGAUAAUACCAAAGACAAACCUGACAAUGUUGUUCUUGCAAAUGAGGUGCAGAAUCUGUUAGAUACUCCUGAAGAUGCAAGUGGAAAAGAUACUUUGAAAGUUGAUAAGGAUAGAGACUCGCACAUAUUUUUAACUGAACGUGAAACAAAAAAUGGAGCAUUAGGGCCAGGAGAAGAUAAGUUGGAAGAAGAAAGAUCUGAAAAUAUUCAAACUCAAGAUAAUAUGAAAUCAUAUAUUUCAAAACAAGGGGAAACAUGUAACCAAAGCAUUGAUGGCAUCGAAGAGCCAACAGAAAAUAUUGAGAUGGAAGAUAUUGUUAACAAUCAAAGUAACACCUGUGAUAAUGCUGAUAGAGAUUGCCCAGGUGAUGAAUCAAGGUCUGAACUUGAAAAGGGAGCUGAUUUACUUAAAAAUUCUUCAGGUCAAAAGCAUACAAUGGAAGCAGACAAAAGCGAAAGCACAGUUGAAGCAGACGAUAAAAUAAAUGCAGUUGCUGAUGAGAAAAACAAUGAUCUGCUUAAAAAGGUUGAGGAAGGAAGUAAACUCAGUAAAACUGCAAAGAAAGAAGAAGAUGAUAAGGUUUACAACCAGAAAUGUUGUGAAUCCAUUACUAAAGACAUUAAGACCAAAAUGGAAGUGGCCAUUUCGCCUUCACAAACUAUUAAGACUGAAAAUGUACAUUGCAAAUUGGAAAAGAAACCUAUCAUUGCUGAUUUAAAUAUACGAAAUAAACAGAUUAGUGAUUUGAAAAACAUGUAUCUUCAGAAAUUAGAAGUCAUUAAUGUUAAGAACAUCAAAGAAAAUGAUGUCAAAUGUGAAAAGCCUACAUUUGCAAAUAAUGGGAAAGUGAAACCUGAUGAUUCAAAAGAGAAAAUUGGAAUAACUAGCAUUUAUACAAAGGAUGAAAUUGGAGAUGAAAUCAUGUUGGAUGAUGGUGAAAUUGUAAAGAUUGAAAGAGUAAGUAGUGACACAGAGAGUGAAGAGGAAACUAAAACAGUGAAACAUAGGGACGUUACAGAUAUGAACGAAAUGAAAAAUCUUUACAUGCAAAGUGACAACGCUGAAACACCUGUAGAAGUCAAAGGUGAUAAUGCAGAAAAUAAAAACAUACUGGAAUUAAAGAAUCCCUACAUGGAAAUUGUUAAAUCUGGUGAACUUGAUACGGGCAUUAAAAAGAAGACACUGUCUCCUUUGUCAAAAAAUCUUGCUAAAAUGGCGUUACGUACAACAUCAGAUAAGAAAGCUUUGACAUCAAAACAGAGCUGGAAAUGCCGCACACUUGGAGAUUUGUUACGUGAAAAACAGUUAAAUGAAACUGUCAUUCCUGUAAAACAGCUUACCAAAAGCAAGUGUUCUGAAAGCAAGUUGAAUCACUCAAGCCUACCAGUUUAUUCAACUGCUGCUCCAGGCUGCACUACCACCUCUUUGUUAAAUAAUUCAAAGCAGAUGUCUCCACAGACAAUGAAAAGUGGCGAUUCAGGAACUAUUUUGCUAUCUCCACUUCAUGCAAGCAGCACCUUGAAAAUUCUAAGUAGUCAAUGUGCAUCUGCAUCUCCAACAGCACCAAUAAUAACUUGCCCACCUGCACUUAUUACAUCCAUGUCAUCAUCAUCACCAUCUUUCACUAUAAAUAGCUCUAGACAAACUCUUAUUAUUGCCCCGAGGCCAUCAUCAGUUCCAUACUCCAUUGCUGUCGGAAGUAGCAGGUUAUCGGGAACCUCAGUGUCUGUUACUUCUACAUCAUCUUCAAGUUCGGUGAGUUCAGUGGCAGCUUCAUCAUCCCCAGUGAUUUUUUUACCUUUACCACAGAAUACAGUGUCCUUUGCAAAUGCACUGAAGCAGCAGACUUGUCCGACUCAGUUGUCAAUGAGAUUUCCGGUAUCGACGAGUCUUAUAAGGCCCUCAAGUAACACUACAAUGAAAGCUGGUACGAUAAAGACUUCAUUGACGGAGCCCCAUAUAUUGGUUCCCUUGUUUGGUUCAUCCCCUGCAUCGAGUGCACAACCGGCCACACUUAAACAAGGAAACAAUGUGUUCAGAUAUGACAUUCAGAGCAAAAUGCUUGUUCCUCUAGUUGAUGAUAAGAAAACUUUUGCAAAUGCUGGUGUUGAAAAUAGGCCUUGUGUUUCUUUGAUCACAAAUAAUCUUAUGCCAAACCAAUCAUUACAAAUAGGACCUAAACCACAGUCUCAAAGAAUUCCUUUUAAGCCAGAGAUUUCCAUGAUAGAUGGUAAAAAUAAGAAAAAUGAUGUUACCCUGGGUGUAAAAAUGGAAAAUUCUGCUAUUAAAAAACAACUUACCAGUACACAGACUACUGUUAAUGAUAAUCCAUGCACAGUAAGAAAGAAAACUGUUGUGAUUGGAAAAGAUGGGGUCCAUUAUGAUAAGGAAACUGGCAAACCCUUCCAGUAUUCAGAUUCUAACGGUCAGGUAUUGGGAGUGUUGCUUUACUGCGGAAUGGACGGGAAGUUUUAUGAUAGAAAAACUGGAAUAGAGUUUAAAGUUCCAGGAGUUCUCAAGUUUGUUAAUCAUCGGCCAGGUGCAACAUUCUUCAUACGAACAAACACUCCCGUAGGUGGUGUAAAGGGGAAAUUAUUGAAUGCUUUAUCUUCUAAGAAAAAAAAAUCAUUUGUAAAGAAACAUGCAAGGGAUAAGAAAGAAAGUCAAAAACCAAAACCAAAGAAGUCAAAUAAGAAAGGGAAGAAACAAAAAGGAAAGGGAGGAACUCCAUCAACCUCUGAGUCUGACUCAGAAUUUGAGAAGAUGUUGGAAUCUGAUUCAGAAAAGAGUGAAAACGAUAAUGAUGAUGAUGUAGAUGAGGAUCGAUAUAUGAAGUUAUCACGCCGGGUCCGGGGUGCAAAAGGAAACAGGAAUGAUUCCCCAGUAUCAGUGGAAUGUGACCGUGAUGGCAAGAACAGGGCGUCUCCGGAAACCAGUGGAAGUGAGGCAGAGGAGAAUCUGGAUGAUGGCGAGCCAAUAGUACUGGGGCGUAAUGCUCGCCGUGCAGCCGCCAUGAAUAGGGUUAACUAUGCUGAAAAAGAUGUGAACAGUGCUGAUGAUGAUGAGGAAGAGGAGGAGGAGGAGGAGGAGGAUAUAGACGAUACAGACCUGUGCAAAGUCUGUGCAUCAGCAGCCAUGCCACAUACUAUCCUGCUGUGUGAUGGGUGUGACUCCGCGUACCACAUGACCUGCCUGUCCCCACCCCUUUCCCUCGUACCCUUGGAAGACUGGUACUGUCCUGUUUGUGAACAUAAAAAGUUAAUAGAAGCCUUGAGGGCGAAACUCAUAGUGGCCAGAAAAAGAAGAAACCGAUACAAUGCAAAAACAAGAAAGCACUCGUGGGAGAUAUCAGUGGAAUCAUUUAGUAUCAGCAGGGAUAACAUCGUUGGAGCCGAGGGGCGUGCAACUAGAAGGAAGACUGUGAAUUACAGUGAACGACAGUAUGAUGACAUCGUGAAGAAGGCUGUAAAGGACUUCAACAAUGAAGAUGCUUCAAAGGACAGAAAACGGAAAUCGAAAGAGGAGUCUAACUCAGACACAGAUAGACACACAUCUAAAGAUGGGUCUAGUUCAGACACAGAAGAAGAAGAGUCCGGACAAUUAAGACAAAAUAGAGAUAGACUGGUCCUCAAAUUGAAGAAACAUGUUAAACAAAACAAAAGAAAGUCCAAUGAGCCACAAGGAGAGAAAAAGGCCACAAGACGCAGUGAAAGUAAAGGCAAGAAGAGAAGAAAGUUGACAGGAUUGAGUGACCACGAGAGCUCCUCGGAAAGCGACUUUAAAUGCUCUGACGGGGAAUCUGAGAGCGAUGAUUCAGGGAAGAACGAUGGGAGUGAAAACGCAGAACAGGUCGGGGAAAUAUACUACACAUCGUCAGGACGACGGACAAAAAAUGUCUCCUACACGUGAUAUUGUCUUGAUAAAUUGACUACACAACAUCAUGAUUAAAUGCCUCCCAUAUGUGAUGUUGAUCAGUGAAUACACAUCAUCAGGAAAUCGCACCAAAAUGUCUCCUAUACCUGAUAUCGAUCGGAUGAAUUAACUACGCAUCAUCAGGACAAACCAACAAUAAUCAUCUUGUAAAUGUGAUGUUAGGGAAAUCUGUACUUUUCAUGUUUACCCUCAGUCAAACCUCAUCAGGGUUCUAACCAAUCAUGUCUCAGAUAUAUAAUUUUGGGAAAAUAUAUGUAUGCAAGGGCCAAGUUUGUUUAAUGAUAUCUGGAUAAUGCACAACACAUGGUCUUACAUAGAUACGCCUUUUUACUCCUGUACCUAUAGCCUUUUUACUCUCAAGUUAAAUAAGGAGGUAAUUAACUUGGGAGGCUGAUGUGGCCACGUCUCUAUAAAGGAAAAGGUUAAGGCUAUAUGUGCGCAUCUCGGAAAUCUGAGCUGCAAAUGUCAGGGACAAAGGAUAAAAACCCAUCUACUAUAUGUGAUAGCUAUGUCAAUUUAUGGCAUAAGUAUUAUUUUACUUUUCAACUUUUUGUUGAUAUAAAUGGCAUAACAAGUAACCGUUAUCACUUUAAUAUCUUUCUUAAUGGUGACUUGCGUAUAUUGUUGCAUUUACUUGUUUGAGUCAUAAAUUGACUAAAAUUCCAUUACCCACAUGUAUACUGUUAGUGUUGAACAGGGCUAAUAAGGUUAGUUUAUAAUGCUGAUAUGCUCACAUAUUUUACAUGUACUCUCAUUCACUCAUAAAAUACUUUCAUAUUGUAACCUGAUCAUAUGCCCCUAUUUCUCGAAACUUCUUGAGUCCCUUAUAACAGGAUUAAGCUGAGCUUACUAUUUCUGUUUUUUUUUUAAUAAGGGUUAUAUUUACUUUUUUGCGAGUUUUUAGAUGUUAUAUAGGAAUUAUCUGCGUUUUUAGAUGUUGUUAGGAAUUGUCUGUAUGAUAAUCACAAUUAACCAUUUUUCAUUUUUAUCAAAAUCGAUUUUAAGUAUGUAUUUUGGCUAAUUGAAAUUAGCUUUUUUAGCCUGUUAAGCUUAAGAAGUUUUGAGAAAUUGGGGCCCAGGAUUUCUAGGCACCAACAUUUCACUGAAUAUGGGUCCUUGACCUUUUUGCAAUAGAUCUAUUUGUGGGUGUAGUACCUUAAAGUCUUUACACAAUGCGAGGGUUCACGCCCAGAUGAAAUCUAUGUGUCUGAACAUGGGAUGUUAUUUUAUACCAUGAUAAUAUUUUAUUGGUAUAAGAUAAUGCAGCUUUAUUUAUAUUAUACGAUGUUAUAGUGAUUACCAAUGCAAUCAUAAUGUUGAUUCUCAUAAACUUUGUCAAUCUCCUUAUUCAUUUUAUGGUCAUAUCCAUUUUUGUUAAGGUGAAUCUCAUCUCACAUAAAAGUACACAUUUACUUAAGUAAGUUUUUUUAACCAGUUACUCUUAGCUUCCCUGGUUUUAAAGAGAAAGUCGGGUUGUUGUGAUCGUCGGUGUCAGGGUGUUUCUCAUUGUGCAUAAACUUAAUCUUCUGCUAUGACUUAAAAAAAAGUUCAAGAAAUUUAAAUCGGACUUGGUACAAAUGUUACCCGAUACAAUACGCACAACUUUAAUUUCUGAUUUGACUUAAAUAAUAAAUGAAUUUAAAUGGAACUUGGUAUACAUGUUGUCAGAUACAAUACGCAUAACUUGAAAUUGUGAUAUUACUUAAAAAAUGAUAAAUUCAAAUGGAACUUGGUACACAUGUUGUCAGAUACAAUACGCACAUGUAUAGCAUGGUCCAUAACUAUGGCUUAAAUAAUUGUGAAGUUAUGCCCCUUGUUUGAUUAAAAAACAACAAGAGCAGCAUUGGCUUCCUCUCCAUGGCACUCUUGUUUUCCAUACCAUUUGAAUUGAUCUGACAUUAUUGAGUCUCAAACAAUUGAGUCAUUUGUAACUAUCAUUUAUGUUUUUGUCAUAGGCUAUGUGAUGUUAAUGUUACUUUUUGCUUGUUAAAGAUACAUGUACAAAGUGUUCAUGAAGAAAUGUUAUUGCAUGGUAAAUAUUUGAACUUCAUUUGUUUAUUUUUAUAAACCCAUUAAUAUGUGGUGUAUAAUACAAGAAUUUCUUUUAUGCUUUCUUGGUUGAUAGUAAUAUUUUUUGCAAGCUAUCUUUUAUCCAUUAAGUUGAACUUAAAGUAUAGCAUUGAUGCGAAUUCGGUGUACGGUCAAAAAGGCCCAGUACCAGAAAGGCUCGGUUCAGAGCCAUUUUGGAAGUGAGCACUUUUGACCUGCAUUCCUUGAACUAAAGAGGCAGCUAUGAAGAUUACUGGCAUGAUGUUGCUUAACUUUUAAUAACUUCUUUUUUCUAAGAGGUUUUGAAUAAAAUAGAAUAUAUAUAAUUGUACAUAAAUGUGUAUUUUACAUAUAAACUGCUUGUUAGAUUACAGUCUGUGUCAUUAUUUGCUAAUAUAUAUAAAUUGUAGCUGAUGUAUUUGUAUAUUGAGCUAGUUAGGCUGCCAUGAUUUGUAUAUUUUGUGCUACAUGUUAAUUUGAUUUUUUUUAAAAUAUAAACAAAAAAACAGAGCGGACAUGUAUUGACUUAAACUAAACAACUAACUGAGUUCAAAACUGUCUUGUUUUAUUUUGUUUUUAGCUUUGAUGUGCCAUAGGCUGUGAAUAUAUAAAAAAGAACUAGGUCACAUUUGUAUGUGGUUGAUAACUAUUGGUCUAUUGAAAAACAUGCACAGUUAUAGUACAUGCUUAAAGCUGCAUUCUCACAGACUGAUAGUUUUGACCUUUUUUUCAAGUUUUGUCUCUGAAUCAGCUGAUAUUGAUAUAAGUUUAAUCACAAUAGUAGAGAUCUCAACUGUUUGGAAAACUGAUCAAAAUUUCUAUCUUAUUAAUGUGUAAGUAAAGCUUUUAGCGAUAAAACAUCCAUUUUCGAAUGAUAAUAUGUGAAAUUGCCAUUUGAUCAGCAGUCUUAUAUCAUUCACAGGUUUUCCAAAAAUUUACACUCAUAAUCUCAUUCCAAGUAAAAAAUAAAUAUAGAAGUUGACAAAACUGUCAAUCUGUGAGAGUGCAGCUUUAAUUUUAGUUGUAUUUGUUAAUUAUUUCUAAAUUGUGUUUGGUCACAUUGUUAUUAAGUUGAAGAUAAUAAAUAUUUGG